GCCGACUCACACUCACUCACUCACUCCUAAUCCCAAUCCCAAUCGACACAGAAUCAGCAGUGUGUUUUCUCUUUAUUUCAACUCUAGUGGUCACUCUCACGCGUUUAACUCACACGGAUUAGAUCAUCUUCUCUGCUAAGUUUUCCCACCGUUCAAACAGAAGAAAGUUGAGUCCUUCCUGGAAAGUCGAGUUUCAGUGAGAAUUUGUGUUAAAAUUUCGGCUUUCUUGAGGUGGGUUUUGGUUGAGUUUCAAGGAAGCAUGGAAUUGGAAACAUUUUUUAAAGCUUUCAGGGAAACUUAUGUUUGUGUGUAAAAGAUAUUCUGAAUUUUUGUCCUCUUUUUAGUUCCUGUUUUGGCCUUUUUGCCACUUCGAAACCUCACUAAUCCCAGUUCAGAUCUUCACUUUAUCACUCUCAAUUUCAUUUUCUGAGCCAAACCCACUUCGCCAAAUCUUCAGAAAUUCAUAAACGAUCAAUCAAAAUUCAGUCUUUUUUGGUGUCGGAAAACAGAAAAAUGCAAGAUCCAACAGCGUUCCAGGCAAUGAAGCCGCAUUUUCCAGAGCUUGAGCAGCUCAAAUGUCCGCGCUGUGACUCCACCAACACCAAGUUUUGUUACUACAACAACUACAAUCUCUCUCAGCCGCGCCACUUCUGCAAGAAUUGCCGUCGUUAUUGGACCAAAGGUGGCGCCCUCAGAAACAUCCCCGUCGGCGGUGGCACGCGCAAGAACACCACCAAGAAACGCCAGAAGCCUGACCCCGAUCCCUCCCGGGUCAACCCGACCCGGAAAUUUCAAGAGCCAUCGCAUUCACACCCGCAGUCAUUGUUGGCAGCCACUUCUUCGCAGGAAGCGGGCGGGAGUGGCGGCUCGGACGGUGACCCGGGGAGGAUAUACGGAUUGCCCGUGGAUCAGGAUCAUAAGAUGCUGGACAUUUCAGGGAGCUUCAGCUCACUCCUGGCGUCCACUGGUGGGCUGGGAAGUGUCCUGGAUGGGUUGAAUCCAAAUGGGUCGGGUUUAAAAAUGGUGCCAAUGGGUGGUUUUGGGGAGAGUUUUAAUUCGGGUGGAAGUUCGGUUCGGACAUCCGGGUUGGAUCUUCAGGGCAAUAAUGUUGGUGGUGGUGAGAGUUAUAUGCAAACUAGUGGAGGUGGCGGUGGCGGGGGUGGGGGUGGUGAUUCAAGUUGUUGGAGUAGUGGUGGUAAUGGGUGGCCUGAUCUUGCUAUUUACACCCCAGGUUCUAAUUUUCAAUAAAAGAGAGAGAGAGCUUUAUUUUUUAUUUUUAUUUUAUUUUAUAUAAUUCUGGGUUUAAUGAUGUUAAGUAUGGUGGUUAAUUAUGGUAAUUAGGAGCAUUUUCAUGAUGCUAUUUGCCAUACUAGAAAAUUACAUGACAUAUAUAUAUGUAUAGGUAAUUUCACCUUUUUUUUUUUUUUUUUUUUUUUUGGGUGAGGUGUUUUAUGUUGGUUUGUAUGAGUUUUCUCUAAAUGAAAGAAGAAAAAUGGGUAAUUUUUUUAA